GUGAACUACCCGGAAGCCGCCACUAGAGGAGAACUAGGAACCCACCCCGCGUGCUGACGUCACGGGGCUCUGACAAGCUGCUGGUGUCGGAAGGAAAGAUGGCGGAUCAUGAGGAGCAGCUAUCCGACGAGGAGAAGGUACGCAUAGCAGCUAACUUUGUCAUCCACGCCCCCCCGGGAGAGUUCAACGAGGUGUUCAACGAUGUGCGAUUGCUGCUCAACAAUGACAAUCUCCUCAGGGAAGGUGCAGCGCACGCCUUUGCACAGUACAACUUGGACCAGUUCACCCCAGUCAAAGUCGAGGGCUAUGAAGAACAGGUCUUAAUCACAGAGCACGGCGACCUCGGUAAUGGCCGGGUCCUGGAUCCCAAGAACAAGAUCUCCUUUAAGUUUGACCACCUCAGGAAGGAGGCCAGCGACCCGCGGCCCCAAGACGUGGGCGGCUCCCUGGAGGGGUGGAGGAGCGCCGUGGACUCGGCCGUCAGGGCCUACGUCAAGGAGCACUACCCCAGCGGGGUCUGCACCAUUUACGGGAAAACCAUCGACGGACAUCAAACCAUCAUCGUGUGCAUCGAGUGCCAUCAGUUUCAACCUAAAAACUUCUGGAACGGACGCUGGAGGUCAGAAUGGAAGUUCACCGUCUCCCCCUCCACCACUCAAGUGGCAGGAAUCAUGAAGAUCCAGGUUCAUUACUAUGAAGACGGCAACGUUCAGCUAGUGAGCCACAAAGAGGUCCAGGAGUCCAUGUCCAUUUCUAAUGAGGCUUCAACCGCAAAGGAGUUUGUUAAGAUCAUGGAGGCUGCAGAGAACGACUAUCAGACCGCCAUCAACGAGAACUACCAGACCAUGUCGGAUACUACCUUCAAAGCCUUACGCCGCCAGCUUCCUGUGACGCGCACCAAGAUCGACUGGAACAAGAUCCUGAGCUACAAGAUCGGCAAGGAGAUGCAGAACGCCUAACCAGGACGGAGAACAUAGCACCCCCCCUUCCCCAAACAACGUUGCAUGACUGGAUAGUUGUAUCGUCUUUGUACAGAAAUUAGAGAAACUGGGACAAAGAGUCGUUUUGGUCUCACAGCCAUACGUCACACAUUGGAUGUCUACUUUUAUCGAUGUUAUUGUUUUUUUUUAUACAGACACCGUUAACUCCUGUAUAUCGAAUCUAUCAUGAAAAAGACAAGUGUGUUUUGUGGAGAAUAGAACUUGAGGAAAAUAGUAUGAGACAUAGGAAAAGGAGGAGGGCGCGGGGGCGAGCACUUGUAUGCAAAGACAUCCUCAUCAAAUACAAUGUCACGUGUGCAAUAUUUAUUGUGUCAGUGAGACCACAAUUUUUUUUUAUUUGACCCGCCGAUUAAAAUAAAUGUAAAUUGAUGUUGCGAUGAUUUCGUUCCACUUUGCGGUUAAAGUCAUGGAGACAAAAGGACGGAACUUUGUGUUCUUUGAAUGGUGUUUUUGGCACAACAAUCACCACUCCGUGUUCCUGUUCCUCUUUUAUUUUGGUACUUCCCCUCGCCGUUGGUCCUGCGUGUUUGUGUGGGUGAGAUCUGAAGAGUGCAGCGCUCGCCGCUUGAACGACUUUUUUUUGUUUUUGGGGUUGUCUUUUUUUUGACUCGACGCGAUGCGGGAAGUUUCUGUGACCACGUGGCACGCUUCAUUAACAAAGUCAUCAGUUGCUAAGUCAUGUGCAUAUUGUCCAAGACAACAGAACAGAACUUGGGUGUAUUAUAUAACAAGGCACAUUGUAAUAUAUACCUGUAUGAAACAUCCUGUCUGUCAGUUUGGUGAUUUAUUUCCAUGAGAUUAAUUGUAACUCAAGUCACAAUUCUGUUGCAUUAAAUGACAAAUUUUCUAUUUA